GGACUCCGUCUGGCCCAAUCCGGCUCGAUGGCCUCCUCGUUGUGCUUGGCGGCCCCUGGUCGUUCCCGCGAAGAGCUCCCAGGAGCUGCCGCCUAAGACCCCCCCCCUCUCGCGUCCUCCCCCGUGUCCUUCCCGCUCUUCCCCCGCUGUCCCUCGGGACGGGGGGGCAGGCACGAGGCGUGGGUUCUCCUCGGGAAGGAGCCUUCAUCGGGCACGCACGACCCCUGUUGGGACGCCGCCGUGUCGGUGGAGCUGUACGCGAGGGCGGCGGACGCCAAGCCGAAGGAGCUGGAAGCCAUGCGCGAGCGCCUCACCAGCAAGGAGUUCUGGCCACCUCGCCCGAGUCUGGCCAGAGAAUGCGGCUACCUGAUCGACGGCGUCUGCCUCUCGUGCUACAUGGCGGACCACUGCAGCUGCGGGCGCCCCAUCGAGGCGUCGUCUGCCCGCAGGUUGUCAGACGGCAUCCCAACCGACAGCCCCAGCAUCAAUCCCAGUACCGCUUCCGACUGCACUAUCGACAACACGUUCAUAUCUGACAGCGUGUCUCUGCGUAUCAAGGGCGCCUCGUACGCUAUUACAUCUGUCUUUGCACCAGACCAGUCCUAUGGAGCCGACCUCCGGCGUGACUUCUUUGAGCUUUGCGAUGAAGUACGUUCGGGAAUCCCUGCGACGACCUCGCAGCUGUGGUUGGGCGAUUGGAACAGCCAUAUUGGAGUCGAUCCCUGCCAACACUACAGCGGCUUGGGCCGAUACCGAUACGGGAUGAACACACCGACGGGGACGCCUGGGCGCGAGCUGGCCGCCUGGCUUGCUCACGGCCCGCAGCUCGAUCUCAUCGAUUCGUACUUCAACAUCCGCCCUCGCGGCACAUGGGUCAAGACGUUCCAAGUGGAAUUCAGCGACCACUGUGGCAAGACGUACCACCUGGCCCUCGCCAAGGCCCACGAGGUGUGGCGGGAGCUUCGACAACGGGGCGUGGAGGCUCAGAAGCGCCCGCUGGCCCUUCAUCGUAUGCAGGGCUCGCUCCCCGAGGCCGUCGCCUUGAGAGAGCAGUAUGUGCGACUUUGCGAAGACCGGCGUAUCGUGCUCUCCGCCGCAGGUGGCGAGCGGAGUGGAUUUCUGGCAUGGUCACGGACUUGGAACGGUCCAUGCAAUUUCAUGAUAUGGGCCGUUUCUACGCCACGCUGCGCGAGCUUGGGUGUAAAGCUGCAGGAAUAUUCCCAGCGUGGACGUCAAGAUCACACGCCAGAGGCUCUUCGGGAGCACUACAGCAAGCUGGGGGCUGAAGUCAACACGGUCAGUCAAGAAACCCUGGAUAGGUUGCCUCCGCUACGCCCUACCUGUGCAGCUUUCGGCGACAUUCCUCGACAGAUUCUGGCGCAGAUGAAGAAGAUGAAGAACUCCGCCGGGGGCAAGGACGAGAUCACGAUCAAGAUGCUGUUGCACGGCGGCGACCGGGUGGUGGGCCACACGAUCCACGGCAUCCAGCACAUGUGGGUGACCCCGCCGCAGGAGUGGGAGGCUUUUCUCCAUGAAGCAGUGGUUAUUUCUCUUUGGGAGCGGAAAGGAGACCCUAAAGAUCUAGACAAGCACAGAGGCAUCUGCCUGAUCUCGAUCGCCAAGAUCAUCGCUCGAGUCUUGUCCGCCCGGCUUACAGCGUACUGUGAAGAACACCACGCGUUGGCCAACGACCAAUGGGGUUUCCGGCCUAUGCGGAGUACGCUGGGUGCAAUCUCGGUGGUUCGGCGUCUGGUUGAUUUGGCGUGUCAUUGUGGGGCCGACAACUUCGAUGACCCUAUUUGCGUCGAGCCGUUGGACAUGCAGAAAGCAUACCCCUCGGCCUCCAGGAACGCAGCGGAGGCUGUCGAGCGCAAUGAGGGCAUCCCGGAGGCCGUGAUUCAGUUUGAAAAGGGCCUGACGGAGUUCACAGAAAAUGUUUGUCGGAACAGGCUCGGCUACUCCAAACCGUACAAAUUGCUACGGGAGUUCAAAGAAGGAUGCCUGGCGUCUUGCGUCCGCUACAAGAUUUACCACAACGCGGGCCUCCGUGAUUUCCGAGCACGCUCUGCGGCGGCUGGCCUGUCUGACAUUGUCCAGCUUCGCCAUGCACCGGAGACCGUCCGCAUACAUCCAUUCAACGGCACGCACGGCCCGAAAUGGCAGCGGCAGGCCGACACUUGGGAGCGCUUCAUCUUGGACCUCAUCAGUUUUGCGGACGACACUAACCUGGUACAUCGGGCGUCGGUGGCCGAAGCUCGCCGCGAUCUGAUCACCUCGACUAUGAACGAAUGGGGCGAGACGGUGCACCCUGACAAGUGGCAACACCUGCGCGCUCGGCGGGCGACGCCGGCGACUGCCGCAGCCCCCGCGCCUGCUGCCGCAGUACCACGCGCUGAGCACCCGCCCAGGCGGCGCCCGGCCGCAGCCGCGCCGGCAGCCGCUCCGGCAGCCGCCCGGGCAGCCGCCCAGGGCCUGGUCCGACGGUGGGUUACUGGCAAGAGCUCGGCGGCGGCCGCCUUGGGCCCAGCCCCGGCGGCGAUUCCGCCCGCAGCCGCUCAGAAAUGGGACCCAUCUAUUGAGUUGCUGGGAUCUUGGAUCUCGGCGGACGGCACCACUGAGCGCAACCUGUACGAGAGGCUGACUCGGGUCACGGCUUUCAAUACGAAGCAGUUGGACAUUCUCCAGAGAUUCCAGAACAGGGUGGUCCGCGCCGUGACAAUGAGCUCCACUCUCACCAUCCGCACCAUGAAGGGCCGACUCACGCAGACCGAUUUGCGGCUCCGGACGGGUAUGGACAGCAUUAGGGCGCAGAUCACUAAGCGCGCGCACUUUGGGUUGGAUUGGGCACGUCUGCCGUCGGGGUUCUGCACUCACACAGCAGCGGGCCGCGGUCUCACGUGGAAGAAGCAAGUGGAUGAUUGGUUGCGUGGCGUGGAGGCGCUUGAGGGACAGGAGCGACCAUGGCAUGUCUUGGCGACCACGUACGAUGACAGCGGUAGCCAUCACAUGUGGGAUCAACUGCUGCGCACUUACGUCGAGGCCAAGCGCAAGAGCGCGGACCAGGACACCCAUGCAAACCGCCAUGCUGCCGACCAACAGCCAGCACCAGCGACACGGCUACGUACUAUCGCAGAGUACGGGGAGGCGACGGUGAACACCUGGCCCCAACAGUGCCCGCACUGCGGCUUGCCAUUUCGGGGCAUCUUCGCGAAGAGGGUACACGUCGGGCACUGCAAGAAGCGGCGUUUGGCCGCGAACUUGCCGCUGGACGGAUACCCGGGCUUUCGGCAAUGUUGA